UUCCAAACACCAACCCCCCCCGACUGCCAUCAUCAGACACACAUUCCUCCUCAGCAGCCCAGCAGAAUUAGCUGGCUGGCCACCCCAUGGGUUUAAGGCUCAUAAAACAUAAAUAUAUUAGCUGGGGCAGGAAGUGCGGAGGGUAGAAUAAAUCAUUAUAGUGUUCAUUAACUGCAAAGCAUUUCUCAGAUUAGCUGAGCGGUAGCAAGCAGGCCAGAGGGCUCCAAGCUGGGUGACCUGCCACCUUGAUGGCAAGCCAUGGACAGUGGCUGGAGAUGGAGACCCUGGUCCGGGAGGACGAAGAGGGGGCCCUGGAGAAAGGGGGAGGAAGCCCUCCCAGGACUGCCACUCAGGGUGUGCCAGGUCCCACCCCCAGAGGCGGGGCCAGGCUGAGCCCCGCCAGCCUCAGCUCCAUCCCUCCAGGAACCCAGGCGAGGGCAGAGCCUGGGCAGCGAAGAAUCCCGGCCCUGCUGUCCCCGCAGAGUGGAGGCACCAUGCCCUCACCCGUCAGGACACCAGACAUCAUCGCCAGACGACCUGCAGCGAUGGCUGUGGCCACCCCCUGACCCCCAGAGGAAAAGCCCAGGCUGGGCGAGCCAGACCUGCCCCCACAGCCAUGCACCCCUGUUGCUGCUCCAAACCUCCCCUGAUCCCAGGCCCAAGAUGACACCCAACAGCACCAGGGAGGUGGCCAGCCCUGUUCCUUCAGGGACCCUGGGCCUCUCCCUGGCCCUGGCGAGCCUCAUCGUUGCUGCCAACCUGCUCCUGGCCCUGGGCAUCGCUGGGGACCGCCGCCUGCGCAGCCCACCUGCCGGCUGCUUCUUCCUGAGUCUGCUCCUGGCUGGACUGCUCACUGGGCUGGCACUGCCCACGCUGCCGGGCCUAUGGAACCAGAGCCGCCGGGGCUACUGGUCCUGCCUCUUCCUCUACCUGGGUCCCAACUUCUCCUUCCUCUCCCUGCUCGCCAACCUCCUGCUGGUGCACGGGGAGCGCUACAUGGCAGUGCUGCGGCCUCUGCGACCCCACGGGAGCACUCGGCUGGCCCUCAUCCUCACCUGGGCCGGGCCCCUGCUCUUCGCCAGCCUGCCCGCUCUGGGCUGGAACCACUGGGUCCCGGGUGCCAACUGCAGCUCCCAGACUGUCUUCCCAGCCCCCUACCUCUACCUCGAAGUCUAUGGCCUCCUGCUGCCCGCCGUGGGCGCUGCCGCCCUCCUCUCGGCCCGUGUGCUGGUCACCGCCCACCGCCAGCUGCAGGACAUCCGCCGGCUGGAGCGGGCCGUGUGCCGUGGUGCGCCCUCGGCCCUGGCCCGGGCCCUCACCUGGAGGCAGGCCAGGGCACAGGCCGGAGCCACACUGCUCUUCGGGCUGUGCUGGGGGCCCUACGUGGUCACCCUGCUCCUCUCCGUCCUGGCCUAUGAGCAGCGCCCACCGCUGGGGCCGGGAACUCUGCUGUCCCUCAUCUCACUGGGCAGCGCCAGUGCGGCGGCCGUGCCCGUGGCCAUGGGGCUGGGUGAUCAUCGCUACACAGCCCCCUGGAGGGCAGCCGCCCAGAGGUGGCUCAGGGUGCUGCGGGCGAGACCCCAGGGCAGUCCUGGCCCUGGCACCUCCUACCACACCAGCUGCCAAAGCAGCGUGGAACUUGACUUGAACUAGAGGAGGGGCUGCUGCUCCACCUACUAGAAGCAUCCAUCCAUCUCAACCGCCAAGCCCACCUCCACUGGUCCCCAUGCCUCUGGAUCAGAGACCCUGCCAGACCUCUCUGACCCCACACUGACUGAAUAAAGCUCCCCCCGCCAGUG